AUGGAAGAUUUAAAUAUGGUACCUAAAGACCAAUGUCAAGAGAUAAAUGAAUCGAAUUUAGAAACGAAGCCCGGAUUAUUAAUAAUCAAUUCCUAUUUAAAUCAAAUCAAUCCAGAUUUAAAAGAUGUUCAAACUGAAAUUCAAGAAGUCGUUGGCAAACAAAAAUCGUUAAUAGAUGCUAUGCUCAAAGAAAAUGAAGAACUUUCUAAUUUAUUAAAUGAAUCUGAAGUUCAAAAUAUGUUCUUAUCUAUUAAACAUUGUCACGGGCAACUGGUUGAAUUAAAAAAAAAACUGAUGUUUUUACACAAGAAAACUAUGACCUUAGAAAAAAGAGCUAAUGUUUUACGUGUGGCCAAACAAAGAGAAGCAUUACAAAGAGAACAUCAAAAAGAAUCAAUGCUGGUACGGGAACAAGAACUUAUAUCAAAACAGACAUAGAAUUAUCCAUUUUAAAAGUAUAGAAAAAUUCAUUGUGAAUUAAGUAUUCAUUAUUUACAUAAUAUUUAUUAAA